CGACGCAAACCCUACGCCGUAGUCUCCGCGUCGCUCUAACGCGGAACCAUAAUUCAGCCUCCAGAGAGAGAGAGAAAGAAAUGGCGCCUCGGUGCAGCGCUCAGUGAGGCUGUGUUUGGAGCCGGUCGGAGAGCUUCCCCAGCCCCCGCUGCAGCAGCAGACAUGGUGAACACGAGGAAGAGCUCCCGCGCUCGGAGCGUCCCCUUCAUCUCCUCCAGGACGCGGUCGUCGUCGUCGAGAAACGUGGAGCAUAAGGAACCCAGCAGUGAUGCAAGCAGUCCCAGCAGCCCGCGAAUGGCGCCUCCUUCUAAGCGAACGCGCAGGCAGACGGCUUCUGAGCCGAGCUCAAGUGACACCUCCCCAUCCCCUCAGGCAAAGAGCCCAAGGGUCAGCUGGGGCAUUCCCACCUACUGCACCAGGCUGUCCUCUCGCAUCAUGCAAAAUGGGCAUGCCCACAUGAAUCACCGGAAUGAGGCGAGUGGAAGUGGAGAUCACUCCCGUAUGAAUGGCCACGUGGAGCUGAAGAGGAGCUGCCGGGUGAAGAAGAGCCAGUUCGAACACCUCAACCAGAGCCUGCUGUUUGACCAGCUGGUCAACAGCACUGCUGAGGCUGUUCUCCAGGAGAUGGACAACAUCACCAGCAUUCGGCAGAACCGUGAGGUGGAGCGACUUCGCAUGUGGACUGGAGACACUGUGGAGGAAAACAUGGACAUGUAUUCCCGGGUGAAACGGAGGAAAUCCAUGCGUAGGAGCACAUUCAACAUGCCCGCACACCACAAAGUCAUGAACAAAGCAGAGGAUGAUGAUGAUGAAGAAGAGGAGGAAGGGACAGAAGAAUCUCAUGGUGAGGAAGAAGAGGAUGCAGAGGACGACGAAGAUGAUGAAGGAGAUGAAGCAGAAGAGGCAGGAGAGGAAAAUGAUAGACCGUACAACCUGAGGCAGCGCAAGACUGUGCAGAGAUAUGAGGCGCCACCAAUUGAGCCUGUGAACAGAAAACAGAGCAACCCCUCUCUUUUUGACACUCACAGAUCCCCAGCGAGAAGAAGCCAUAUAAGAGUGAAGAAACAUGCCAUUCAUAGCAGUGACACCACCUCAUCAUCUGAUGAAGAGAGGUUUGAGCGAAGAAAAAGCAAGAGCAUGACCCGGGCCAGGAACAGAUGUUUGCCCUUGAAUCUGACCGCGGAAGACCUGGCUAGUGGUGUCCUGCGUGAUAGAGGGAAAGUGGGUGCAAGCUUGGCUGACGUGGACCCCAUGAACCUUGACAACUCGGUACGAUUUGAUAGCGUGGGUGGCCUCACUAAUCACAUUCAGUCACUGAAGGAGAUGGUUGUGUUCCCUCUGCUUUAUCCUGAGGUCUUUGAGAAAUUCAAGAUACAACCUCCCAGAGGGUGUUUGUUCUACGGUCCCCCGGGGACAGGAAAAACCCUGGUUGCACGGGCGCUAGCCAACGAGUGCAGUCAGGGAGAUAGAAAGGUUUCCUUCUUCAUGAGGAAAGGAGCUGACUGCCUCAGUAAGUGGGUCGGUGAAUCAGAACGGCAGCUACGCCUGCUUUUUGAUCAGGCUUACCUGAUGAGGCCAUCUAUUAUUUUCUUUGAUGAGAUUGAUGGUUUGGCUCCGGUUCGCUCCAGCAGGCAAGACCAGAUACACAGUUCUAUUGUUUCUACACUGCUGGCUUUGAUGGACGGCUUGGACAGUCGUGGGGAGAUAGUGGUCAUCGGUGCUACAAACAGACUUGACUCUAUCGACCCGGCACUCAGGAGGCCUGGACGCUUUGACCGGGAGUUUCUGUUCAGCCUGCCCGACAAGAAAGCCAGGAAGCACAUUUUGGAGAUUCACACAAGGGACUGGAAUCCCAAGUUGGCUGAGCCAUUUCUAGAUGAACUUGCAGAAAAAUGUGUCGGCUACUGUGGUGCUGACAUAAAAGCACUUUGCACAGAGGCAGCCUUGAUGGCGCUGCGCCGCCGGUAUCCACAGAUCUAUGGCAGCAGCGUCAAGCUGAAGCUGGAUGUCACCUCCAUCGUCCUGGGGCCUGGCGACUUUAGCAAAGCAAUGAGGACGAUUGUCCCGGCCUCCCAGAGGGCUCUGACCCCCCCAGGUCGAGCCAUAUCUCCUAUCCUUAGGCCCUUGUUGGCCUGCUCUUUCUCCUUGGUGCUGAAAGCUCUGCUCAGAGUCUUCCCCCAUGCUCAAUGUACUGACAGGGACACCCCACAAGGCGUCGACAAUCAUCUGCUUGAAGAGGACGUGUUUAGCGAUGAUGACAAUGAGGAAGGCUCUGCCUCCAUUUAUGAAGUUCAGCCUAGUGCGUCUCCAAAGAGUCAGCUCUCCUCUUCUGCAAUGCACAGAACGUUCCUCCAUUUCUCCUCAUCUGCCCUUCAACAGCCCACAGCAUAUCGGCCUCGUCUGCUGCUGGCAGGGGCCCCAGGCUCAGGACAGAGCUCUCACUUGGCUCCUGCCUUGCUCCACCAUCUGGACAAGCUACCAGUGUACCGCCUGGACUUGCCCACUCUGUACUCCGUCAGCGCCAAAACUCCAGAAGAGUCCUGUGCUCAGGUUUUCCGUGAGGCUCGCCGAAGCAUGCCCAGCGUGGUUUACAUGCCCCACAUUUCAGACUGGUGGGAGACGGUGACUGAUACUGUGAAGAGCACCUUCCACAGCCUGCUGCAGGAUGUUCCCUCCUUCAGUCCUGUCCUCAUUCUUGCUACUGCUGAAACUCAGUACUCAAAGCUGUCAGAUGAGAUAAGGAGUAUAUUUCAAAGGACCUACGGUGAGGUGUUGACACUGUGCCCUCCGGGAGAAGAGGAGAAGCGGAACUUCUUCUCUGACCUGUUGCUGGUUCAGGCAGCCAGACCUCCACCCCGCCCCAGGAAUACAGCAGAGAAGUGUGAGGAGGUGCUGCCAGUUGCAGAUGCUCCAGGUUCUAGAGUCCUGUCGGCAGAGGAACAGCGCCGCCUGGCCGAACAGGAGGACAACACAUUACGGGAGCUCAGACUCUUUCUCAGGGACGUGACCAAGCGCCUGGCCACUGACAAACGUUUCAGCAUCUUUAGCAAGCCAGUUGACAUCGAAGAGGUGUCAGACUACCUGGAGGUGAUUAGGCAGCCCAUGGACCUAUCCACUGUCAUGACAAAGAUUGACACCCACAAGUAUUUGGCAGUCAAGGAUUUUCUGGUGGACAUCGACCUCAUUUGCAGUAACGCUUUAGAAUACAAUCCUGACAAGGAUCCUGGAGACAAAGUGAUAAGACACAAAGCCUGCAGCUUAAAGGACACUGCUCAUGCUAUGUUUGCUGCUGAGUUGGAUCCUGAGUUCGACCGGAUGUGUGAAGAGAUCAAGGAAGCGCGCAGAAAGAGGGACCUCCAGUCACCAGGUGAGCUGAGAGAUGCUUCGAGUACUUUACCAACUCGAAAGUACCACAGUGCAGGAGAGGAGCAGCGCAGGAGAGCCACUCAUGGAGAAGCCACUGAGAAGCAAUGUGCCACUAAUCAUAUAAAGCGAAAGUUUCGCCGGCGGCCACCGUGGGGCCGUGGCAUCAUACGCAAGAAAAAGAUCUACAAGAAAGGAACAGAAGAGGAGGAGGAGGAGGAGCCAGAGGUGGAAGUGGAGGCUGCAGGCCCCAGUGACUCAUGUUUAACACAAGAUGAGGAAUCAUCUUGUGAUACUACAGGUCCACAGCCCAAUGGCCAUCAUCCUCAUGUUUCCUCCACAGAAGAGGAGAGCUCCAAUGAGCCCCCGAUUGUGGCUCCCCCAGAUACCAAUGAAGACAGACAGAAGCCAAAACCUAAGGAAGAGGAAGAGCUCACAGCCAAAGAGGCAGAGUAUGAGAACACAGAAAAACACACGGAGCCUCACUGCCCUGGGGGCAGUCCUCAGCUGAAUGCAGACAGGGAAAGCCAGGCCAAACAGGCUGACUUCCAGCCUUUGAUUGAAGCAUUUGAGUCCUCUGAUUCUCAGAAUGCGCUUAAACACACAGAGGGGCUCCUAAUUUCACAAGUGGACGGUGUGAAUGGAACCGAGUCAAUGGAUAGCCUGGACUUGCAUAGUAUCAAGAGGAGUGGUGAGACUGAUACAAGGACACCUCAGAUCACAGCUGAAGGAACUAAUAAGCCAGAACAGGAAGAGCACAAAGACCAGAAUGAGAAUAAACCAACUCAGGGGCAGCAUCCCCUAGAAGAUGGGGUAGUUGCAGAAAUUGUUGAGGAGGAUCAUGAUAAAGAAGGUGGUUCCAAAGUGAAUGCAAUCGAAUGGAGCCCGCCAGAGCAGCUGAACGGAUCUUCUGGAAGGACAGAGGACGAGCCACAACCAGCCCCCCACCAGCCACAACCAGUUCCCCCCCAUCCUCCCGUAGUGGUUGACCAUCAGCGACUUCUGGCUCUUCUGGAUACGGUGGUGAAGAAGAGCGAGGGCUACAGCGUGGAGAAGCUGGAGAGGCUCUACUCCCUGUUAAGCCAGUGUAUCUACCAGCACCGCAGAGAGUACGACAAGACUCGGCUACUUGAGGAGAUGGAGGAGAGAACCCAGCAUUUUGAUACAUUCCUGUGAGGUGGAGACGACGUGGCCAUCAGGUCGAUGCUGAACAGACUGGGACCACAAAGACGCACACAGACUGAGUGAACGACCUCUUGAGUUCAGUCUUCACCCCAACACACACACAGCUCCUUCCUCUUGCUUGGAAAAUGAGGACGAGAACAGACUUUCAUGGUGCUAUUGUCUCAGGAACCUGGCCAGAUCCAGAACCCUUCUACACAACCAAACCCCUGGAGUUUUGCGAGUCAAACAGACACGCACGCACGCACACACACCCAGACACACACACACCUACAGUGAUGGGCAACCCUGGUGCUACUCGGGUGCUAUCUUGAUCUUUUACCCAUGCUGCUCUUGGGAACUCCUCAUCUCGGACAACUCGCAAAACCAACAGAUCGGGUGAUGUCAAAUCACAACCUUGCCGCUUCUCUCCACAGCAGGCAGCUCAUACACACCUGCCCAUGCACCAUCACAAGGAUAGGCUUGUAAAUGUACACACACACACACACACACACACACACACACACUAAACAUGUAGACACACACUUAAGACCCUCACCAGCAGAAGUGUGAAUGCAGAGUGCCGCGAGAAGAGGAUCGACAGUGUUAUGAAUCAUUUAACGACACUGUUGAGCCUUGUUGCCCUCAAGUGGAUCACUUUACCGUACGGGCCAGUUAUCAAGCUAUUGUGGGGCUAAUUCUCUCUGCCAUUUUAGCGCCUUGACUAGUUCAAAAUUUUGAGCCAGCAACAAGGAUACUCACCCAGAACUAAAGCUCGCAAAGAAGUUUAUACGCAGCUCAAGCUUGAUGAGGUUAGCACAGCAGGACUAGAACCAAUUAAGUCCUGUUCAUUACAGUGGACAUCCGUGGUGGAAAGCUGUUAGCCUCUCGGUGUUUGGUUUAGCGGUGAAGAAGCACAACCCGGCGGUAGAAACAGUUGCUCAGACCACCUCUGGCGUUCAUUCUCUGCAGAUUUAUGUCAUGUCCCCAAUAGUUCACGGUAGCUGAACGCCCCUCCUCACUACAUUCACAGUAUGAAUGUUUUUCCUCCCUGUCGAGCUGUGCCCACCAGUUGAUUUUACCCACCAAAAAAACCCCCGGCUGAGGAACUGGAAGCAGUACAAAUUGGAAGGUGUCAGUAGUUUGCACUGCCUAGUGUGUGCCUUAUUUAAAACCUCAUGAAAUUGCUAUAUUUAACAAGAUUUUGGAUUUACUAUGACAAGGCUACUAGUUAGAGACGGUCCUAAUCACUGAGUUCACAGUGACCUUUUAAAGAAAAAGACAAAAAAUCGAAAUAUAUAUAAGAUCCACAUCUUAGCUGCAACGUUGGCAAAAAAAAAGGUGCAGGUGUGUGAAAAUCUGAGGAAUACAAACUGAUUUGUUAGCUACUCACCUUGUGUGGCCGUGUCGGUGUCUGUCCAGAGACUGUACGUCUGCAGCACUUGAAAUAUCGUUUCAGUAUUUAAAUGUAUUCAUGUCCUGUGGAACCCUAGGCCAGCAGGGGGAGGUCAGUCUCCACCUGAGCGGGCAGCCGGCGGAACGAGAGCUUGACGAAACCAGCCUUCCCUCAGUUUUUCAUAUGCAAAAAUCUAAUGAUGCGAGUCAAAGGAUUUGUUGUGCCAAGCGUUCUCCCAUUCCCUCAAAAGGUGCUGACCAGACGGUGCCUGUUCACCGGCUUUCUUUUUCCAAGUCUGAACAUGUUUGAUUGUCAUAACAACUUAUGUAUUAUGUUGUGUAUUUUCUUUUUAUUUUUUUGUGAAUUUAAAAAUGCUUUGCAUGAGUGGCGGAUCCACAAAGAACAAGGCUAUUCUAGGCAGUGCCCAUCACUAAAGUGUACAUAAUAUAUAUAAUUUUUCUCCCCUCCACAUUUUUUAAAGGCGUGUUCCCACUUUAUACAUUUAUUUCAUUCUGUUUAACACCAGAAAAGAGCACCUGGAGUCUGACUUGAGGCCGACACAGUCUACUUCUUUUCUUAUUGUGGUAGAUUAAGAUUUUCCUGGAGCUUUAUGAGGUUUCAUGGCAUUCUCAUGCUUUUGGACAUGUUUUUGUGAAGGUGUAGACUGGAAAAAAGCCCCAUCUUUAACUCAAAGCACUCUUGUCUAAUCCUUUUGGGCCAACUUUAACCCCAGCUUACCUCUGCCUUUUCUCCAUUUCAAGGUCACAAAAGUGAAGACCAUAUGCAAACCGGUAAUGACAGGUUGGCACUUGGACUACUGCAGAGAGGAAAAACCAAUGCUACCUCAGCGUAAUUUAUUUUAAUGCGAAAACUGUUUACUGGGUACAAAAACAGUAUUUUCCUCCCUCAAAAUACUGUUGAAACAUCUACAGUACCAUCUUAGGUACCAGGUCAGUGCAACCACAGCUGCUGCAGUAAUCCAAGAGUUGUUUAUCUCUCUGAUUGUUAUGUAUGUUUGCAUUUGAGCCAGAUGAUGAUUGCAUAAAUUUAAAUCUAAAAAGAUCUUACACGAACUAUAUAUGAUUUAGUUUCAGGUUCUUUGAGCUUACUGUACGUGGAGGUGGAGGGGACGUCUUAGAUCUUCUCCUAUCACUUUCUUAGAAGCGAUAGAGCAUUCUGCCUCUUUACACACCCCCUGCCUUUCUUUCCCUCAGCAAUGUUUUUUUUUUCCUGCAGAUUUUCAUCUCAUGAUUUUAUUUAUUAAAGUUUUACACAUAUUUAGUAAGUCUUUUAUACAUCUUGAAAUUUAAAAAAAAAAAAAAAAAUUGGGAAGCAUUACACGUCCAUUUUUACAAUUGUGUUGACUUGUGUAGCGUUUGUGUAGCAGGUUCUUUCGGUGUGUUUGGGGGAAUAAAGGGUUUACAUGUCUCUCAGGUUCAACAUGCCCAUUCUGCUUUUCUAUGGUUCCUCCAUUGUUCUGUUUUCUCCGAGUGGUUACAGACGUACUGGAAGAAACUGAGUUUCUGUUGUGUGUGAAACAAGACCAGACUUUUUCAUGUUGCUCACGCUCCAGUUUUUUUUUUUUUCUUUUUUUGCCAAACAGAGUUUUUUAAGGAUUUAUAAACAUCUGGAUAUGAAAUAUGAGUAGUGAAAUGUCAUACAUUGCAAUCUUCUUUUCUUCUUAUAAAUUUGUAGCCCGUUUGGACUAAAACCAAUUUUUGUCUGGUAGUUGAGACUUAGUCCAGUAUGCAGAAGGAAAAGGUUUGUUCUAUCCUGUUUUUGUUUCCCCUCACAGUUAGUCAGUUUUUGUAGCUUUGUCUGUGUAUUUAACAAACCUGUUCACAAUGUUACUUUAGUGUAAGUUAUAUUUGAAAUGAAACAUUUACUGUAUUUCUCAAUAAACUGCUGUGAUAUACUUGAAGAAAGGUGCAAACUGUACAUUUGAAGUUAUUUCUGUCAAUUUAGAUGAAAUUGAAAAUUUGAGCAUUUUGUUUUUUUAGUAAAUAGUUUUUUCAGACUGAAAUUUGCUUGAAUUUAUUAUAAAACAGCUCGUUAUCAACCAGUAUGUCCUGUUGACUUUCUGUGGUGAUUGCGAUUGAAAACCAAACAUUCAGUUGUGUGACUGGUGUUAAAAUGUUUCCAUUAACUCAACCACAUCCCCAAAAAAAGAGACUUGACAAUGCAUUCAUGUUCUGGUAUAUCUAUUAGGGUUCAGUUAUAACAAUUGUUAAUUUCUCUUUUUGGGGGUACAGAUUUACAGACAUUUUGAAUCCAACCUAUCAGUUUUUUUUCUAAAAACAUUUAUACAGAAUUGCCUUCGGUUUUAAAAUAUACAUAUUUCCUGCCUGUAUUUACAGAGUAACAACCCAGCAUCAGUUGUGAGUUGCAAUGAAACACGUUUUAUAAAACAUAACGAGGUGGGGGAUAAUGAGAGACAAGCGAACCCAUGGUUGAACAGAGAACAUCGAUGAUAACAGCCACAAGUGAAUUAUUGUGCUUUUUUUCUGCAGGAUUCAUC